AUGAAUAAUAGUGACAACAACUCAACCGAUCAACAAAUGUUUGUACCAAGCACAGAAGUUGAACAAUUUAUCUCUGUCUUAAAGGAAUUGGCUAAGAGUAAUCUAACUACCACCGACUCUCGUCAUGUUUGGAGAGCUUUAAAUGAAUUGACCACACUGAGAAAAAAAGGACUACUAAUAAGUGAAACUUUGUCAGUCUUAUGCGACACCCUAUACCCUGAUACAGAUCCAAGACAUGAUAAAAAACAUCUUCUACAAUAUCUAAAUGAUAACCAUGUUACUAAUGUCAAAGAUGCUUCAAAAAUAAGGGAUUCCUAUCCAGUUAGGUUCUAUCAAGUAAUUAAUAAUUCACCAAUUGAUAAAAAACCAUUCAUUGAAGUAGCCCCUUCAAUCAAUAGUUUUGUUCAUUUAAUCAUUCAGAUUCAUUUAUUUGAUAGUCAUAAGUUCGAUUUGUUAAAUCUUUUCAAUCAAAAAGUAGUUUUACCAAAUAUCUUAAAAAGAUAUACUUCUUCUUCAGAUGAAACAAAGGACAUUUCAAAUAACAAUUACAACAACAAUAACAUCAAUAGGUCAUCUUUGGAUUUAAUCAACUCUAAAUUAUGGUUUUAUAUCACUCUAGGCUAUGAAAAAGUUGAUAGAAAUAUUAACAACAAUUUGAUUGAACUACGUUCUGAAAUGAUGAAGUUUCUGAAAUUGUCAACUUUAAGACACGAUAAUGAAACCAAAGCAAUGCUAAUUGUGUCUAUCUUAAGAAAUUUUAUCACUUUGGGUGAAAUUAAUUAUGCAUCAGAUUUCGUAUCAAAAAUUGAAUUCCCAUCCAACGACGUCACAAGUUCUCUAGAAGCACGGUACUAUUUCUAUCUAUCCAAGAUUAAUGCAAUUCAAUUGAACUAUUCAACAGCUAAUGACUAUAUUAUUGCAGCCAUUAGAAAAGCUCCACAUAAUAAAAACUCAUUAGGUUUCCUACAACAAGCAAAUAAAUUACAUGGUGUUAUCCAAUUAUUAAUGGGUGAUAUUCCUGAAUUAUCCUUCUUUCAUCAAACCGAUAUGCAAAAAUCUUUAUAUCCAUAUUAUCAUCUAACUAACACAGUAAAACUUGGUGAUUUAAAUAAAUUUACUAAUGUUCUAACUAAAUUCAAAAGACAAUUGAUUAAAGAUGAUAACUACCAACUUUGUGUCAGAUUGAGGUCUAAUGUCAUCAAGACAGGUAUUAGAAUCAUCUCAUUAACAUACAAGAGAAUAUCUUUGAAGGAUAUAUGCUUAAAACUUUCAUUAGAUUCUGAACAAACCGUAGAAUAUAUGGUUUCAAGAUCAAUCAGAGAUGGUGUGAUUGAAGCCAAUAUUAAUCAUAAAGAUGGAUACAUCGAAACUACAGAGCUUUUGAAUGUUUAUGAUACAAGGGAUCCACAGAGAGUCUUUGAUGAAAGAAUCAGAUUCAUUAACCAAUUACACGACGAAAGUGUGUUGGCUAUGAGAUACCCCGAUGAUAAAAAGAAACAUUUAAAGAAACAAAAUGACAAUAGUUCGAUUACUAAUGGCGGUGACUUUUUGGAUGACGGUGGUUUAUCUGAUCUAUCUGAUUUAGACGACUUAGAUGAUUUCUUGUGA